AUGACUGACAAGAAGCAAAACGGAGAUGCGAGGACAGACUCAAGUACGGUAGAUGAUGCUAUUGACUUUACCUAUAAAGAGAAACCAUGGAAACCGCCGACAAUCUUAAGAUGGAGAAAUAUCAUAGCGUUUAUCCUCCUACAUCUGGGAGCACUUUACGGACUGAUUCUCAUUCCCUCCACAUCGCCUUCAACCCUUGCAUGGACUGCAUUUUGCUACGUCUUCAGUGGUCUUGGUGUGACUGCUGGCGCACACAGAUUAUGGAGCCACAGAUCCUACAAGGCCUCCUUUCCCCUGCAAGUCUUUCUUGCCUUUGCCAACUCCAUGGCAUUUCAGAAGAACAUAUAUGAAUGGGUGAGGGACCAUCGCCUCCACCACAAAUAUGUAGGCACAGACGCAGACCCUCACAAUGCCUCACGGGGAUUUUUCUUCUCCCACGUUGGUUGGCUCCUGGUCCAAGAACAUCCUGUCUGCGCUGAAAAGAAACAGAAACUCAGCCUGUCUGACCUGACGACAGAUAAAGUGGUUAUGUUCCAGAAACGACAUUACGUGGUGUCUGUGCUAGUCCUCUGGUUCCUCGUGCCCACGCUGGUUCCCUGGUACCUCUGGGGUGAAUCCUUGGUUGUGGGGUGCUUUGUCCCUGGGCUCCUGAGAUAUGUCGCAGUCCUAAAUGCCACCUGGCUUGUAAACAGUGUGGCACACAUGUGGGGCAACAGACCUUAUGACAAGAACAUCAACCCAAGGGAAAACAAGUUUGUUUCAUUCAGUGCUAUAGGAGAAGGCUUCCAUAACUACCACCAUACGUUCCCCUACGACUAUGCUGCAAGUGAGUUUGGCAGCAGGCUCAACCUCACCACUGCCUUUAUAAACCUCAUGUGCUCUUUGGGUUUGGCCAAAGACCCAAAGAUGGUUUCCAAAGGGGUGACGGCAGCAACGAGUCAAACAGCUGCAAGGUGA